GUUACUUGAAGGCAAUUACAAACAACAACAACAUACCUAGUAAUCUCCCACACCGUGAGGUCUGGUUGAAGGCAAUUACAAAGACGAAAGGAAACAACAAAAAGCUUAGUUAUGAGCGGCAAGGACUGCUGCUUAAAUUGUCUUUUUCUUACCCAUUUCUAUAAAUAUAUGAUACUAAUGAUAGUGACAAUCUUGAUGCUAGCGACGAUCUAUUUUAAUUAAGACGGCAUAACAGAAUCUAUGCGCUUGUCAUUUUCUUCAUUUUGGGGUUGCUGCCGCCACAUUAAUCUAAUGAGAAUUUGCAAAAGAAACAGUGAUCUAAUGUUUUUCAUCAGUAUAUAAGGACCUAAAAAUGGCCAGAGUCAUAUGUGUCUUUUUGAGAGUAUUUUCUGUAACAUUUUUCUGCACUUCUUCCCCUAUCUUAAUAUUGUGUCAAACCAAAAGAUACCUACAAGAUGGAAGUAAAGAACAACUAUGUAGCAAUAAAAUCCAACAUAAAUGGUGCACCAGAAGAAUCAGACUUUGAGAUAAAAGUCGAAAACCUCUCCCUUAUGGUUGAGCCAGAGUCUAAGGAGGUUAUUGUCAAGAAUCUUUUUUUAUCAAUUGAUCCAUAUCAAAUAAACCGGAUGAAGAGCCAAAGUUCAUCGCAAGCAGCAAUCAGUUUUGCAGCAGCCAUUACUCCUGGGGAUGCCAUUGACACUUAUGGUGUGGGAAGAGUGUUAGUUUCUCAUCGGCCCGACUUCAAGAAAGAUGAUUUGGUUGCAGGGCUUCUUACCUGGGGAGAGUACACUAGAGUAAAAGAGGGUUCGCUAUUGAAUAAACUUGAUCCUCUGGGGUUUCCCUUAUCCUACCAUGUUGGAGUUUUUGGAUUCAGUGGACUUGCAGCCUAUGGUGGAUUUUUCGAUAUUUGUAAGCCAAGACCAGGAGAGAAAGUUUUCGUGUCUGCUGCUUCUGGUUCAAUAGGAAAUUUAGUAGGACAGUAUGCUAAAUUACUUGGAUGUUAUGUUGUUGGCUCUGCUGGUAGCCAAGAAAAGGUGUUUCCCUCAAGGGAUUGAUGUCUACUUCGACAACGUGGGAGGCAAGAUGCUAGAAGCAGCAGUGGCAAACAUGAACUCAUUCGGUAGAGUAGCCAUAUGUGGGGUUAUUUCUGAGUACGCGAAUGCUAGCACACGAGCUGCACCCGAGAUGUUGGAUAUAGUCUACAAGAGGAUUACAAUCCAAGGUUUCCUAGCAGCUGAUCUUAUGAAAGUGUACGCAGAUUUCCUGUCGAAAACUGUUGAGUAUCUACAAGCUGGAAAACUUAAGGCCAUUGAGGAUGUUUCACAAGGUGUUGAAAGCAUUCCUUCUGCUUUUAUUGGACUAUUCUGUGGUGAUAAUAUAGGCAAAAAGAUUGUGAAAAUUGCAGAUGAAUAAAAAAAAUUCAUGAUUGUUGGCCUAUUUAUUCAUGAAUUAGCUAGUUCAAGGAGUGGACUGAAUGAAGGGGAAAAAAGAGUCAAGAACUUACUUCCAUUUAAUUAGGGACGAUUUCUUAUCAGUGCUGGUAAUACUGUGGGAAUACACUGAGCAUGUUAUUAUAUAUCUUAUCGUUGCUUCUUUCAAGUUGUAAUGCAUUUGAACAUUCAUCUUCCAUUUAAUGCAAUCAAAUUGUUGUUGGUUUUCUU